UGGUCCCCACAAUUAGUUUCAGUUCCUCAGAACAUCAAAGCGAAAUAGACGGUUCAUCUCGACGAGAAGUACAUGUGGACCAGCACCAGCAGCAGCCGCCCGACGAGGCCGAGGCUUCUCGUAGGUCCUCGUCUGACCAGCAUUUGUACAAUAUUAAGGCCUCCCACGAUCUUCGUCCACGGCAGAGCACCUCCUCCAG